ACUGUAGCACGCAGAAGCAUAACAUAAUACUUUUUGGUUGUUAUCUAUUAAACAUCGCUGGUCAUGGCUUACGAUCUGAAGAAGGAGUCGGACGUAAAGGAGUACGUGGACAAGUUGGGCGUGGAGUACCGAUUCGGUUGUUAUUCCGAAAAGAAGCCGGAAGCCUGCCACCUGCUGGGCGAUUACCUGGAGGGCAUCAAGAAGGACUUCGAGAAGGCCUCCAAGGUGUAUAAAUCGACGUGCGACGACUACGGUUACGCAAAGUCCUGCUACAAGUAUGGAAACUACUGCUUCCUAGGCAAGGGAAAGAGUGGGAGCAAAGGGGAUCCCCGGGUGGCCUACGAGUACUACGAGAAGGGCUGCAACCUGAACGACUCGGACGCCUGCCUCCACUCCGGGCUGCUGCUCGUCUCGAGGUCCAUGCCCAAGGAGAUCGACAGAAAUGUACCCAAGGGCUUGGAAUUCCUGACCAAGAGCUGCGACAUGAACAACGCUACCGCCUGCUUUUAUCUAUCUGGCAUGCAUAUCUCGGGAGUGCAAAAGAAGCCGGAUCAGAGCGCGGCGACUGAAUCGGCCGGAAAUGAGCCAGCUCCGCCCGCCGGAAAGACACCAUUAAAGGACUCUGACUACAUUGUCCUUAAAGACAUGAAGAAGGCUUUCCAGUUUGCUCAUAAGGCGUGUGAGCUUCGCAACAUGUAUGCUUGCGCCAAUCUCAGCCAGAUGUACGCCCGUGGCGAUGGAAUUGAGAAAAACGAAAAGGAGGCGGAGAAGUACAAGAAGCUGGCUCUAGAGAUGCAGGACGAGGUGAAGAAGCAGCAGGAGACGCUAGGCUUCCAACAGGGCGUGGGAAUGCCCAAUUGAUUUAGAUUCUGUUUGAUUCCUUUUACCAUGUACUGCUGCUUCUCACCUUCGCUUAGUCCAAUGUUCAUAUUUUGUAUUCACGUGUAUCUUUGUCAGGUAUCCAUUUACCCCUUUUCGGUCGGUCCAACAUUAGUGGUUAAACUAACUAACAUUUGUUUGUGAUUUCUGUGUACAUAGCCGACAUUUACAUGCGGCGGAGUGAGAGAGAAAAGGCGUAACGAAAAGAAAUUUCUAGUUUUAAUUGUUAAAGUUAUCAAGUAACAAGUAAAAAACCCUUAAAGCAUUGGCCGUGUUCAGCAGAACAACAUGAUCACUGAUCAAUGUUGGAUCAGUUUUAUGCAACCAAGUUUAUUGUGCUCAACGCUCAUAGUACGUUACGACGUCAAAAAAGUACAAUUUGUUACUUUAUAAACUGCACCAGACAAGUGUAAAUGCUUCUAAGUUUGUCAUGUCCUAAGUUUUUGAGUCACUUAAGCGUAACACUUUUUGCAUCAUGACUAUAUAUUAUGUGCGUUGUUCUGCUGAACGCGGCCAUUUUGUUGAUACCUUAUAUACAAAAUACAAACCAGCCCGACCAUAGUACGGUGUCGAAAAUCGAA